AUGGUUGCAUCUGGAUUCACUGGUCGCACGCGACCUACCAAGGUCAAGAAGAGGGAGAACAUCAAGAAGAGGACGCGCGAUGAUGUAGAUGUCGCGAAGCUGGACCAGGCUGUCCAGGCACUGGACCCCAAGCAUGGCGCUUACAAAGACUUCACCGACCUCCCGCUUUCCGACCCAACCAAGCAAGGCCUCAAAUCGUCGCAUUUCGCCGUCAUGACAGAUAUCCAGGCAAAAGCCAUACCGCUGGCCCUACAGGGACACGACAUUCUUGGUGCCGCCAAGACUGGUAGCGGAAAGACUCUCUCCUUCAUCGUACCCGUGCUAGAGAAUCUGUACCGACAUCAGCACAUUGGCCCCGACGCUGGCUUGGGCGCCUUGAUCCUAUCCCCGACCCGAGAACUCGCUAUCCAGAUAUUCGAUGUCUUGCGCAAGAUCGGACGACAUGGGCACAUGUUUGCGGCAGGUCUGCUGAUUGGAGGAAAGAGCUUGCAGGAUGAGAGGGAGGCUCUUACCAAGAUGAACAUUCUCGUCGCAACACCGGGCCGUAUGCUACAGCACCUGUCGCAAACAGCAGCCUUCCAGGUGGACGACUUGAAAAUGCUGGUGCUCGAUGAGGCAGAUCGGAUCCUUGACAUGGGCUUCCAGCGGGACGUCGAUGCCAUCGUUGAAUAUCUUCCUAAAGAAAGGCAGACGCUGCUCUUCUCGGCUACACAGUCAAAGAAAGUCUCCGACCUGGCUCGCUUGAGUCUUCAGGACCCCGAAUACGUAUCCGUACACGCCGAGGACAAGAGCGCGACCCCCAAGGGACUUACGCAAAACUACAUCGUUUGCCCGAUUGAGGAAAAGUUGGACACUCUAUGGAGUUUCAUACAGGCGAGCAAGAAGUCCAAGAUUCUUUGCUUCUUUUCGUCUGCAAAGACUGUUCGAUUCGUCUACGAAGCUUUCCGUCACAUGCAGCCUGGUAUACCGCUUCUUCAUAUCCACGGUCGUCAAAAACAGGGAGCUCGACUUGACACAACGGCAAAGUUCUCUGCGGCGAAACAUUCAUGCCUAUUUGCGACGGAUGUCGCAGCUCGAGGACUAGAUUUCCCAGCAGUUGACUUCGUGAUUCAAGUCGAUUGCCCGGACGAUGUCGAUACCUACAUCCACCGUGUCGGCCGAACAGCACGGUACAACCGGGAGGGACGCGGAGUACUGUUCUUAGCACCAAGCGAAGAGGAGGGCAUGCUCAAGCGUUUGGAGGCCAAGAGGGUGCCCGUCGAGAUGAUCAACGUACGACAAAAGAAGCGUCAAUCAAUCAAGGACCAGCUACAGAACAUGUGCUUCCAGGAUCCAGCUCUCAAGUACCUCGGUCAGAAAGCAUUCAUGACGCACGUCAAAUCGAUAUAUCUCCAAAAAGACAAAGAGGUGUUCAAGCUCAAGGAGUACAACUUGGAAGCAUACGCUGCUAGCUUGGGUCUACCAGGAACGCCAAAGAUCAAGUUCUUGAAGGAUGACAACAGCAAACAGAGGAAACAGGCAUCAAGACAAAUGAUCGAAGUUUCAGAUUCUUCGGACGCUGAAGAGGCUCCAAAGGCAGACAAACCUGUGCGAACCAAAUACGAUCGUAUGUUCGAGCGAAAGAACCAGGAUGUUUUGGCAGAGCAUUACCAGAAGCUGGUCAGGGAUGGAGACGACGAAGCCCCAGCAGAUGAGUUCAGUGGUGCCGGAGCGACGAAUAACGCCGCCGACGACGACUUCAUGGCCGUCAAAAGACGAAUUCCAGCUGAUGACGAUUCGGGCGAUCUCGACUCGGAUAAGGCUCCGGAAGUCCCACCAGGUGGUCGCCUUGUUCAUAUUGCUGGUGCUUCUCAACCAAUUGUUGUCGACAGCAACCGCCGCGAAAAGCUCCUGCAAUCGAAGAAGAAGCUUACCAAACUUAUGGAUAAGGGCAAGAAGCUCGUCUACGACGACGAAGGUAACCCGCACGAGAUCUACGAACUCGAAGACGAGGAGCAAUGGCGCGCCAAAGGUCUACCAGAAGAGCAACGUCAAAAGUUCAUUGAAGCAGCACGUGAGGUUGUUCAGACCGCCGAUGUCGAGGAUAAGGCGACCGCGAAGGCGAAGAGGAAGGAGCGAAUGCUCAAACGCAAAGAAAGAGAGAGGGCUGAGUUGGCUGGUGAAGGUGGUGAGGAUGCGGGUGUCGAGCUUCCUGAUCCUGGUGAGGACCUUCUGGCCAACUUUAGGGCGGACGCAGAAUACAGUGAUGAUCAAGACGAAGAAGAGCAAGAAGAGCAGCCGAAGAAACAGAAGAAGUGGUUCCAAUCUGAUUCCGAAGAUGAAGAGAAGACCAAGAAGAGGAAGAAGGCAAAGGCGACGCACAGAGUGGAGGAGCCGGAGACGCUGGAAGAUAUGGAGGCGCUUGCUGCCGGUUUGUUGGGCUAA